GUUUCACCGUGUGAUAGUAUAAUAUGACAUGUUCUCGACAGACAUAUACAUACGCACACACGCACACACACACACACAUAUAUAUAUAUACAAAGCAAUGGGCACAAUCCAACCGAUACGCGAAUAUCCGUGCUAGGCUAGGCUGAGCCGCCCCGUUGAUGUCACUAGUACGGCCAAAUCGCCCAAACCGGCUGGAUAUCUUCCUUGUCCAUAUCAGCUUACAGCGCCCGUACAUUCUUGUUAUUCCUAUUUAUUUGGAUCUUGAUCUUACUACUGCUACCUUCUCAUAUCUGUAUAAGUGCUAUGUUUACCACGCGUCCCUACCAAUCCGUCCACCAUGGCCGAGGUCUUGACCGUGACCGAGGACACUAAUAGGAACCACGAGGGUGCGACUAGCAGGAGGACCGACUCGACGCGACAAUCCGCCAUAGCACAGUCCAGUUUAUCAAAUGGAAUCACAAGUGCCGCGCCGCCUGAAAUCCACGCAGAUGGAGACGAGGAGAAGCAUGACGAGAGCCACCAGAGCUUCUCGCUGACUGCUGUGAUCGAGGCCAACGGCGCUAAGUCUCACGCUGCAUCACCUGAGGAUUUGAACGGCUCUUCUGAAAGCCCAAUCGACCCUCUGUCGCAGCAUAUUCUAAAACGCACCCAGACCGAGCGGUCCAUCCCCCUAAAACUCCGAUCAUCCCAAACCUCGCACGCACAGGACUCGAGCGGAGACGGAAAUAAGCCGAGUCCGACGGAACAAGCGAUCAGCCGCACCGAUGCCGUUGGUGGUGUGAAGCCAAGCAAGGAAAAAAAAAAAGGAGGCUCAUUUCUCAGCCGCUUCAUCGGGACUAAAAAGGCCCAGACUGGUGAGACGCCUGACAAUGUCUCAGAAUCCCUCACGGGCGAACCCAGUGGCAUGGAUGAUAUAUUUGCGCAUCCAAUAGGCUUUAUUCCGCGAUUCCCACCGCCGCCAAAGUACAUCAAAGUCAAGGCGCACUACAAAAAACACAAGGUUUUCGACAAGGUGUUCCUGGCGCAGGAGCUCAAAGGCAGCGAGGAAGAUGGGGACGACGCAAAGGACAAGUCGAACAAGAAGGCUAUCUGGUCAAUGGUGUUUUCCAAGGAUGGUAAAUACUUAGCAGCCGCCGGUCAAGACAAGAUCGUCCGCGUUUGGGCGGUCAUUACCAAUGUGGAAGCCCGCGCCGCGCAUGAGCAGGAAGAGGAGGAGAUCAAGGGCGACGCUCGAUGGCGAUUGACAGCUCCGGUGUUCAAGUCCAAGCCUAUCCGUGAGUACAAGGGACAUACGGGGAGUGUGUUGGAUCUGAGCUGGAGCAAGAACAACUUUCUUCUAUCCUCAUCAAUGGAUCGAACCGUUCGACUGUGGCAUGUUAGUCGAGCCGAGUGUCUCUGCUGUUUUAAACAUAGCGACUUUGUCACCUCCAUCCAGUUCCAUCCGCGCGACGAUAGGUUUUUCCUUGCUGGCUCGCUCGAUUCUAAGCUCCGACUAUGGAGUAUUCCAGAUAAAAGUGUGGCAUUCUGGGCCACAGUGCGGGAUAUGAUCACCGCUGUCGCUUUCACCCCAGAUGGCAAAUACUCGAUUGCGGGCUGUCUCAAUGGGUUGUGUAUUCUCUACGAAACAGACGGGCUGAAAGCGAAUGCUCAAGUGCAUGUGCGCUCGGCAAGAGGGAAAAACGCAAAGGGCAGUAAGAUUACUGGCAUUGAUACCAUUUUCCACCCCCCUAACGAUCCAAACGGCGAAGUGAAACUGUUAAUUACAAGCAACGACUCUCGAAUCCGGCUCUACAAUUUCAAAAAUCGAAUCUUGGAAGCGAAGUACCGAGGGAAUGAGAACUCAACCAGUCAGAUCCGCGCUUCGUUCAGCGAUGACGGCAAAUUCAUUAUCUGCGGCAGCGAAGAUCGACGUACAUAUAUCUGGCCUACAGGGUCCGUCGACAGAGAACCAGACAAGCGUGCAGUAGAAGAAUUAGAAACGCGCACAUCCAUCGUUACGAGUGCAGUCAUGGCCCCGACCACCACCAAGCAGCUCCUAGGGUUUGCAGGUGACCCUUUAUACGACCUCUGCAACCCACCUCCCAUCACUCUCGGCAACACGCCGAAUUCCAACCGCUCAUCCGUAUACAGCUCUAACAAGGCCCCCCAGCAACCCGGAGAACUCGAUCGAAAGGCCUCGGACCAGAAAGCCUCGGACCAAAAAGCCCGCGGCUCCCCUGCCUAUCUUGCUCGAUCCACCCAUCCAGAUGGUAACAUCAUCCUCGCCGCGGAUUAUUCCGGGCGAAUCAAGGUCUUCCGCCAGGAUUGCGCGUACAAGAAACGACCAAGCGACUGGGACGCCGGGUCGACACUCUCCAAGAAGAUAUUGGGUCGGUCGAAUUCGGCACGACAUAGUAUUGCGUCGUCGAAAUCGCCGUCGGAAAAGAUACUGGCAUGGAGAAGCUCGGUGACUGGCACCGAGCUCGCCAGUAUAAGCUCGCCGAGCAGCAUGGCGCGAAGCAUCUCGCCGCGGAAAUCACUCAAUCAACAACGCUACUCCAGCCCUGGACGCAGCGUAACCACCAAAACGCAGUCAGGCACUGCCACCCCUCGUACAUAUUCAGUCGACAACGUAUCCGAAAGCAACAACAACAACAGCAGCACCCACAAGCCUCAACCAACAACAGAAACCAGAAAUCUGCAAAACCUACCACACUUCGCCGAAAGCGGGCAAAGCUACGCGUUCUGGACUAAAAGCGCAGACUUUGUCAAAUCCGCGAACGCGAAACAGCAACAAAACCUACUCAACCCAAACAGCGCGGGAAUAGACGAUAUCAGUGGGCGUCGAAAGUCCAGCGUGCCGAGCGCAUUGAGUAGCGACAUGGAAUCAUUUGUAUCUGAAGAUGACGAUGACCAGCGCGAUGAUGACGACGAAGUAGAAGGGGAGGGAGGGAGUAGGAGCACAGGCGACCAAGGCGAGGAUGUAGAUGACGUCCUGCGCUGUCCGCGCUGUGGCGGCAAGAAUUUCAGAGCGACCAAGAUGAGGAUGGGCAAGCCGAAGCUGGUUUGUGUGAAAUGCAAUACGGCGGUGUGACCUCUACACAUGUACUUGGGGUAUGUCGAUGUUGGAAGUGGGAUUUGGAUAACUUAUGGACAACAGGAUGUAUUACAUUGAAUAGUGUAACAUAUGAUUUACCUAGUAAUUAAAUAGCAUAUAACACUGAUUUCAUAAA